AUGGGGUUGGUGGGGGAGGUGACCACCGCCCAGGCCUCCAAAAAGUGGGAGAACCUAAAAAAAAAUACGGGGUAAAUCCAUUGUAUUUGGUGAUUUGGUCCCUGGGGAUCACCUGGAUUUGUGGACAUGGGUGGUUUAUUUUACACUGGUAAAUCUUCAUGAAUGGCAGUUCUGUGAGUAUAAUUAAGUUUAUCAAUAUAAAGAUGUAAUAUGGUGUCCCUUGUACUCUCACACACAGGACCUGAUAUUACCCCGGACUGGGUCAGGGACAGAGGCUGGGGAGACGACGCCUGGCACCUGGCCAUACUUUCAGUUAAUGCACAAGGCGUUGGGGGACAAGGACUCAGUGAAACCACUGAACCUGAUCUCUACCGCAGGGGAUGUAGCAGGGAAUCCUGAGCAACAGCCUGAUGAGGAGACUCCCCAUACCUCAUCAGGCUGUUGCUCAGGAUUCCCUGCUACAUCUGAUUCCCCACCAGCCACAGCCCCAGGAACAUCGGGCACCCCAACACCUGGAUCCUCCAAAAGAAAAAGAAAUGAGGUUCUAGAAUACAUCCGGGAUUACACAGAAAGGCAGGACAAGAGGCAGAGGGAGCUGGAAAAAAAGGAAGAGGAGAGAGAAGACCGUAAGGAGAAGCAGCUUGAUCAGCUUAUAGGAAUUUUGGCCAAGUUGGCUGAUAAUUCAAAGUAG